GGUGGGGUGUAUUGCGCGCCGUGAGGAGGGCUUCCGGGUGCUCCGCGUGCGCUCGACGGGCGAGACUCUGACCUUCCGCCCCUGGUCCCGCCCCUCUGAGGCCCCGCCCCGAGCGCGUUGCCGCGAGUUUCCUUGGUGACGGUAAACAAGCCUCAACUGCCUCAGCUACAACUGCCAAGUGCCCCGCGUUCUACCCUCCUCUAGGUGCUCCGAGGGCAGGUCGAGGUUCCGGAUGUGAGAGCGGGAGCGUGGCGGCUCCGAGCCCGAGGUUAAGAACAAAAAGAAGAUGCACCUGGACUUUCCUCGGAGCCCUCUGCAUUUUUAAAGCGUUGGGUGGAAAUUGGGUUUCUCUGGCCGUAAGCCGCUGUUGCUUGAUGAAAACCGAGACCUAUUGUACUUUCCUUGGAGAACAAUCCAUCAACUAUUAUAUCUCCCACUGACGGCAUCUGUGGUUGUUUGAGCUACAAAAUCUGUACCCAGGCUUGUGUGGCAUCUGUCCUGCAAAGUGUCCAUGAUGCUGGGCCCUGAGGGAGGUGAAGGCUUUGUGGUCAAACUCCGUGGCCUGCCCUGGUCCUGCUCAAUUGAUGAUGUGCAGAACUUUCUCUCUGACUGCACCAUUCACGAUGGGGUUGCUGGGGUCCAUUUCAUUUACACUAGGGAAGGCAGGCAGAGUGGUGAGGCUUUUGUUGAACUUGAAUCUGAAGAUGAUGUCAAAUUGGCCCUGAAAAAAGACAGGGAAAGCAUGGGCCACCGGUACAUCGAGGUGUUCAAGUCUCACAGAACCGAGAUGGAUUGGGUGUUGAAGCACAGCGGUCCAAACAGUGCUGACAGCGCCAACGAUGGCUUCGUGCGCCUCCGGGGCCUCCCAUUUGGAUGCACAAAGGAGGAAAUUGUUCAGUUUUUCUCAGGGUUGGAAAUCGUGCCAAACGGGAUCACACUGCCGGUGGACCCUGAGGGCAAGAUUACAGGGGAAGCCUUCGUGCAGUUUGCCUCUCAGGAGUUAGCUGAGAAGGCCCUGGGGAAGCACAAGGAGAGAAUAGGGCACAGGUAUAUCGAGGUAUUCAAGAGCAGUCAGGAAGAAGUUAGGUCCUACUCAGACCCUCCUCUGAAGUUCAUGUCUGUGCAGCGCCCCGGGCCCUAUGACCGUCCUGGGACCGCCCGGAGGUACAUUGGCAUUGUGAAACAGGCAGGCCUGGAUCGGAUGAGGUCCACCGCCUACAGUGCAGGCUAUGGGGGCUAUGAGGAGUACAGCGGGCUCAGCGACGGCUAUGGCUUCACCACCGACCUCUUUGGGAGAGAUCUCAGCUACUGUCUCUCCGGCAUGUAUGACCAUAGAUACGGGGAUGGCGAGUUCACUGUGCAGAGCACCACCGGCCACUGCGUCCACAUGAGGGGGCUGCCCUACAAAGCCACCGAGAACGACAUUUACAACUUCUUCUCACCACUCAACCCCGUGAGAGUGCAUAUUGAGAUCGGGGCCGAUGGAAGAGUGACGGGAGAGGCUGACGUGGAGUUUGCCACUCAUGAAGAAGCUGUGGCAGCGAUGUCAAAAGACAGGGCCAACAUGCAGCACAGAUACAUAGAACUCUUCCUGAAUUCCACUACAGGGGCCAGCAAUGGGGCGUAUAGCAGCCAGGUGAUGCAGGGCAUGGGGGUGUCUGCUGCCCAGGCCACCUACAGUGGCUUGGACAGCCAGUCCGUGAGUGGUUGUUACAGCACUGGCUACACUGGUCAGAACAGCAUGGGUGGCUAUGACUAGUUUUGUAAAAGCAUUGGAGUUGAUUCAAUCAAAUAUUGCCAGGCAGCCGAGAAGCAGGGAGAGAGCAGUCUAUAACUAGAGGAAGCUGUGGGACCCACAUUGCACCAUGAGUUUGUGAAAUCUGGAUUAAAGAAAUUACCUCUUCAGUGUUCUCAUGCAGACCUUUCUUCUAGCAUCUAUCUGAUACGGAGUAAACUCAAACUAUCUGCUUCCACUUUGUUCAGUCCACAUUUUGAUAGUCACCUCCCUUCCAGUAGUUCUGACUGUUAGAUGUUGGAUCUUCACACAAAACUGCAGGGAGCACAUUGGCCCAUGGCUCAUUUGGAGAACUCAAGGUGCUAGGUCCCUUAUUUGAAGAGAAACAUUUCUCGUGUUGGUUCAUUCUGGUUUCUUAUUUCCUUCAUUUAAAAUCUUUUAGGUUGAAUUUCAGCUUUUUAAAAGUUUUGCGAAUUGAGACACAAUACUAAUACUGUAGGAAUCGGUGAGGCCUUGACUUAAAGCUUUGUACUGUGAUUUCCUUUCGGGUGUAUUUUGCUAAGUGAUACUUGUUAAAAACAAAAUUUUUGUUAACUAAAAUUUUUUCUUAAAAUAAAGACUUUUCCACAAU